AAAAAGCCAAGCCUGAGAAUCCGGCACCACAAACUCUCCACACGUACUCUCUCACACACACACACACACACACGCACACACAGAUCCAGUGGCUGCUCGGUAUCUUUCACACUCACCCACUCAUCCCUCUCUCUGUCUCUCUCUCUCUCUCUCUCUCUCUCCCUCUGUCUCUCACUCCAUUCCCCUGGGAUCUGCAUCCUUCUUGCUUCUUCUCACAAGUCAGAUUGUGUUUGUAAGUACAGGCUGAAUGUCUCCCUGGGUGUGCGUGGGUCUCCGUGGGUCUUUUUGCAUGUGUGAGUGACUGCAUGCCUACUUUAGUGUGACUGAGCAGAACACUGAGGAGUAUCAAGUGCAUGUGGGUCUCUGGCUCACCCUCACACACUCGCCGGUCCUCUCGCAACUCUUCUCGGGAUCUCCGGAUCCCUUUCGACGGUGACAGGCUCCCCUCACCAAGCAGUCACCAUUUCUGCCCCCGGGAGACCCACGCUGGCAGCGCAGCCCCUUCCCCGACUCAGCAUCGGGAGGAAGACCCUGGUGGCGGCUGCCGUAGGGGUUAUGCUGGUCCUGGUGCUGGUGGUCCUCAUCCCCGUGCUCGUCAGUUCCGUGGGCACAGAUGCCAGCCACUAUGAGAUGCUGGGCACCUGUCGUAUGGUGUGCGACCCCUACCUGAACAAGGGCACUCCGGCCAGCAGCACCACCUCCACCGGUCUGCAGGCGGAGGCUGAGGCGUUGAGCGACCACAGCAACGUGCUUCCACCCUCCACCUUACUGCAGGGCCCACAGGGGAAGCCUGGCAGGCCCGGCAAGCCGGGACCGCCGGGGCCACCGGGAGAACCGGGUCCACCGGGACCCGUAGGGCCUCCCGGUGACAGAGGGGACCAGGGACGGACUGGGAUUUUGGGUCUGGCGGGGGACGGAGCUAUCAGCACGGCCACCUACAGCACGGUGCCUCGGGUUGCCUUUUAUGCGGGGCUCAAAAACCCCCACGAAGGCUACGAGAUCCUCAAGUUUGACGAUGUGGUCACCAACCUCGGCAACAACUACGAUGGCAUUGCGGGCAAGUUCAUCUGCAGCAUCCCGGGCACAUACUUCUUCAUCUACAACGUGCUGAUGAGAGGAGGAGAUGGCACCAGCAUGUGGGCAGACCUCUGCAAGAAUGGCCAGGUCCGAGCCAGCGCCAUCGCCCAGGACGCUGACCAGAACUACGACUACGCCUCCAACAGCGUCAUCCUCCAUCUGGACGCGGGCGACGAGAUUUACAUCAAGCUGGACGGGGGCAAAGCGCACGGGGGAAACAACAAUAAGUACAGCACCUUCUCCGGCUUCAUCCUCUACGCCGACUGAGCCGCGGACAGUCGGACGGGACGAGAUUGAAUGGAAAGAGUUGGGUUCUGAGGAAAGAGGGGGAGGAGAGGGGUUAG